AUGCCGUUAUCACAGCUUAGUGAGCAACAACGAGCAACCAUUACCGACCGCACCCGAGUAUGGGAAGUAAGACGCUUCUGCCAGGUGUUGCCAUCUGUCGUCAAAUACGUACGCGGCUCGGAAGCUGGCCUCACAGGCACGCUUCCAGAGCGGCAGGGACGUUAUAUCAGAAAUGAACCGGAUGGCGCGCUCGCUGCUAUGCUGCGUUGCAUUAUCCAUCAAACGGGUGCCGAUUUGGCAAUGGUCAGCUUGCUAGACGACCAUACUCAAUACUUCAUCUCGGGGGCCAGUCGGGAUAAUGCGAAUGAUGCCAAAGCCACACUGGAAGAUUCAACGAAAUGGUAUGGAUGCGAAUCGGUGACCCAUCAUGGAGGUUUGUGUGAGCGGACCAUCACACGCCAGAAUCAGCCCGGCAACUUGGCCAUUUAUGAAGAGCUCGACAUGGCCGCGUCGGAGAGAACCAAAGACCUGCCUUUUGUAAGGGGCGACAUCGCCAAAUUCAGACACUACGUGGGUGUUCCCCUCAAUCCUUAUGAUGGACCAAAUAUCGGUACGGUAUUCAUAUUCAGUUCCACGCCGUCGAAGGAAGGCUUGUCAGAGACUCAUCGUUCAUACUUGUUUGAAACAGCAUCACAUAUUAUACGGCACUUGGAACAAGCAGUAGAGGCGCUGGAAGGCAAAAGAUUGCUCAAGUUCAACCAAGGUGUGGCUUCGUUACUGAGGAUGGGUUCCUCUGCAGGACUGGCGGCUGAGUCUGCGCAGGAGCAGCCUUUGCCAGAGAGUCGUGACGAGCAGCAUUCUCUGGUCUCGAACCUGUACAACGAUCCCGCUCUACGAUUAUAUCAGCUAUCAGCGACGCUGCUUUACGAUGCUUUCGAGUUUGAUGGAGUUCGGAUUCAAGAACCAGGACCCUCGGGUAACUUCGUCAACAGAAAUCCCGCCUGGAAUGGCUCUAGUAUAUUAGCAGAGCAUCUAGGACCCAGAGCUCAUAAGCCUCAGAGCCUAAGCCAUACAUUGACUAGCCGACUACUCGAAUUAUUUCCUCAGGGGGCUGUCUUCCAGGUGCUCGACGAGAAAAGCAAGAUUGUUGCUGCUACAAGUGCAAGUGACAUUGCUCUAGUUGAUGAUCCAACGAUAACAACGGAGUUGUCGAGGUCUUUUCCAGGUGCAGUACAGAUCGUUCUGAUGCCGCUCUGGGACACCUUCCAUGAACGGACCACCGGUGCAGUAUUGGGAUUUGCCAACACUCAGUCUAGGGUAUACCUCGGCUCGACGGAUCUUGCGUCUAUAUCUGCGUUUUGCACGACCAUCAUGACGCAAGUGCGGCGUCUAGAAGCACAAGCUAUGGACAAGAUCAAAUCAGACUUCCUCGGGUCAAUAUCUCACGAGAUGAGGACACCACUACAUGGCAUGCUAUCAAGCCUUGAGCUUCUAGCUGAUAUACCGCACAAUGCACACCAACACGACUUAUUAGAGACUGCGAGAUACAGUGGCCUAUCACUACUUGAUACCAUAGAGCGUGUUCUCUAUUUCAGCAACAUAAGUUCUGGAUCAUAUAAUCUAGAACACACCGGAUCCAAUGUCCCAAGCGAAGGACUCGUUCAUCCAUCAAGCCUUGUACAACACAAGCCGGCAGCUUCCCCGAGGGAGAGUGACACUGUAGGGGCUAUUAAUAUUUGCGAAGAUAUCAUACAUAGUGAGUCGCAAAGGUUACGUCUCAAAGAGGCUGUUCAAUCUGAGCCCUCCAUGGUUGCGAUACAUCCUCCGAUUAUAGUGUUCGAUACGAAUGCCACAUGGUCCUGCCGCCUGAAGGCUGUCGGUAGCUUUCGCGUAAUCUUAACUAACUUUAUGAACAAUGCCUUGAAGUUUGGUGAGUCGACAAACUGUGUUCGAGUUUCAUUGAACAUCACGGAUGAUGCCAUUAGUGUUUCUUGCACGGACGCUGGGCAGGGCAUAGCUUCGGACUUUAUUCGCCAUUCGAUUUUUGAUCCAUUUUCUCAAGAGAAUCCUGUCACCGAGGGUACUGGUCUCGGACUUUCUAUAGUCAAGCAGACGGUCACUAUGUUUGAUGGUGAUGUACAGAUCGAGUCGAGCAAGAAGCAAGGUUCUACCUUCACCGUUAGGCUCCCAUCGACUCAAUUGCUGCACCGCCCACUGGAUAGUGCAGCAGAGUACAUCGACACUCAAUCUAGUACUGCUGAGUUGCCUCAGCUAGUGAUCAGUCUUUUCACUCCAAGACGGUGGGAGACGGGCGAUGGAGUGAGAGACCAACGGCGACUUGGAUUACUACUAGAUUCGCUUACGCAAGGUCUAAGACGGUGGUUUCGUAUCACGGUCAUUCCUUGGGAGAUUGCAAGCAUGAAUUCGCAGUCGCGGCUGCUUAUCGCUUUGAAAGAAGACGAAGAGAGCGCAGAACUGACCUACGGUGGCACGUACAGCGACGCUGAGCGUAUCUUGCUUUAUCCAGAUAUGCAAACCGCGCUCAGCCCGCACACAACGCCUUCUGAAAAGAUCGCAGCCAUUACUGGCCCAGUGACUAUUUCAAAACUUCAAGGUGCGCUGGCGCACUUGUUCCCUGAUAUAGUCUCAUCUCCCGAGCUUCGCCGCCAUUCCGACGCUACAUCAGUAACUACGGGACGUCAAAAGCCACUGGGCGGAGGAAACCUCAAUCAGUCGAAUGUGGAAACAAACGACACAUCCGACGACCUACCGAUAUCAUCACUGUCAGAUUUAGUGCUCGAAGAAAACCCGAAAUCAGACGGCGGAGAAAGCGCUGUGCAUCCACAGUCAAUGCCAGCAGCCACCCAGUCCAGAACUCCAGAGGUACAAGCAUCGAGAGAGCCCAUCGAAGCACGGCCACCAGAACAGAACAUACAAUUACAGACAGUGCAAGUAGAACAGCCGAAGUUGACUACGCCAUUGAAAGCACUCGCAGCGGAGCCGAAACUAUUGCUUGUCGACGACAACGCUGUUAAUCUCAAGGUGCUUACCAUGUAUGCACGCAAAUGUAGCAAAAAGCCUGCAACGUCUGUAGGUGGUGGUCAGGAAGCCAUUGAUGCAUUCAAAAGCGCCAUGGAACCGAAUAACGGUGAAGCUGCGCAACCUUUUGAUCUUAUCUUCCUCGAUCUCUCGAUGCCAGAGGUCUCGGGCUUCGAUGUAGCGAGGGAGAUUCGUGAGAUGGAAGCACGAUUGAAGCGUGAUAGGACGUACAUAUGCGCACUAACUGGGCUUGUGAGUGGGAAAGAUCGUAAUGCAGCAUACGAGUCCGGUGUUGAUAAUUACCUUGUCAGGCCUGCACGGCUGAAAGAUCUACAGGGUGUAAUUGAGCUUUGGAGAAAUAGCCUAAGUCAGUAA